AUGAAUAACUUCGUAUCAUCCUUAAACAGGGAAAUUCUGUUCAAUUCCAACACCUGUGAAUUAGCGCUCCAGACUUUCUAUGAUAUAAUCCACUUUGCGAUUAACAAAUUCAUACCAAAACAACGGAAAUACAAUAGUGGAUCACGUUAUCCGGUUUAUUCUUUAGAAAAUGGAUAUCAAGUAGAUGCAAUAUAUACAGAUUUCAGCAAAGCUUUCGAUCGUGUGCAUCACCGUUUGUUGCUUCAAAAACUUUGGCUUUAUGGGAUCGAGGGGAAAUUGCACAACAGGUUAAGUUCUUACAUUCAACACAGACAACAACAAGCUUUUUUGAAUGGAUAUCUUUCUGAUUCUUCUAUCGUUUCAUCUGGGCUGGAGAGCUAA